GGCAAGACCAGGACCGCUCCGGCGGCGGGGCAGGGAGGGCGGCCGGGCGGGCAGCGGCCCCGGCCCGCGUCUGCGCCCCUUGCGGCCCUCGCUCGCCCGCGACCCUUUCGCCUGGGCUCCUGGCCCCGCCGUGUACGCAGCCAUGGUGGGCCGGCUGAGCCUGCAGGAUGUGCCCGAACUCGUGGACACGAAGAAGAAGGGCGACGGCGUCCUGGACAGCCCGGACUCGGGACUGCCUCCCAGCCCCAGCCCCAGCCACUGGGGACUCGCAGCGGCCGGGGGCGGUAGCGGGGAGCGCGCGCCCGCACCCGGGGCGCUGGAGCUCGACGCGGCGACCCCCGCGGCCCCGAAUCCGGCAUCUCUCCCCACUGCCCCGGUCCCCAGCUGUGCACCAAGGCUAUGCCCUCUGUCCUUUGGUGAAGGAGUGGAGUUUGACCCCUUACCACCGAAGGAAGUAAGGUAUACUUCCUUGGUCAAGUAUGACUCAGAGCGGCAUUUCAUCGAUGACGUGCAGCUGCCACUGGGCCUGGCCGUGGCCUCCUGCAGCCAGACAGUCACUUGCAUCCCCAAUUGCACAUGGCGCAACUAUAAGGCUGAGGUGCGCUUCGAGCCGCGCCACAAGCCCACACGCUUCCUCAGCACCACCAUCGUCUACCCCAAGUACCCCAAGACCAUCUACACCACCACAUUGGAUUACGACUGCCGCAAGACGCUGAGGAGGUUUCUGUCCAGCGUGGAGCUGGAAGCCACGGAGUUCCUGGGCAGCGAUGACCUCUCAGAUGAAUGCUGACUUGAGCAGGCCGGGCCGGGGCUGGACCAGCUCUUCCUCUGCCCUGGCCCCAGACGGCCCUGGUCAAGUUGGGUGAUGUUGCCCUUUUGCGUGUCAUUCCAGCCCCCCUAGAGGGGAUGCCCACCCUGGGGAAGAAAAAAAAAAAUCACUGCAUUCAUAAUGAUUGAGAUGGGCGGCGCCUGUGGCUCAAGGAGUAGGGCCCCAGUCCCAUAUGCCGGAGGUGGUGGGUUCAAACCUAGCCCCGGCCAAAAACCACAAAAAAAAAAAAAAAAAAACAUAAUGAUUGAGAUAUUUGGGGUUUUGUAUUUUAAUGUUCAAGUUGUUUUUAAAAGGAGUCCAUUUCCUGGUUUGCUGCGGGGUAGUUUCUCCAGAGUCUCAAUUUGAUGAGAAAAUUAAAAGACCACUAGGACCAAAGGAACAUGGCAAUAGUUUGAAGUGGGGGGGGAAGGAAAGCUUUGCUUCCAUUGGUCAGUCUAUCUGACAAAGAGCGUGUUAAAAGUCCCUGGGAUGGAAAAAGUGAGUUUUAAGAGAUUUUAGCCACAGGUGUCUUUACUGCUACAAAAGUGGUACUAAUUUAGUAAAUUGUGACACCCAUAUGGGCUCAAUCUGGAGGUUUUGAGUUCCUUUCCAUUUUUUUAUUUCCAUGUGUAUUUCCUAUUAACCAAAUCUGUUGGAAUUUUCUAAAUUUUUUUUUCAUGAUAUCAAAAAAAUCCCAAACCAUAUAAGAUGACUUUUUUAAAAAAUGGUUCACCCUGCUCUUGCCUGCUUCUAGAAGGUCGGAUCAGGGGUGGCCGAGUUUGGAGCCGUGGCCUUGGUUGGGGCUCCUUCCACCAGGCUGGCUCUAAGCGCAGGCUGGCCCAGUGCCUUGAACCCUUGGCAUCUGGUUAACGUCCGUCCCCACAGGCUUGUGUAACUUUCCUGAUAGGUAUUUUGGGGUUUCAAAACACUUUCCCUGUAGUCCCAGCUGCUUGGGAGACUGAGGCAAGAGAAUCGCGUAAGCCCAAGAGUUAGAGGUUGCUGUGAGCCGUGUGACACCAUGGCACUCUACCCGAGGGCGGUACAGUGAGACUCUUGUCUCUACAAAAAAAAAAAAAAAAACACUUUCCCAUCUUUUCAGGAGGGAAAAUGUAGCGGACAGUCCUUUUGAGAGAAAUAGCAUUUUAAAAGAAUGCUUUAGGAAAACACUUUUUGGAAUUCUGUGGUGGAGGGGGUUACUGCUCGGGAUGGGAAGAGAACCCCUAAGACCUGCUCCCCCUGGGAGUAGGCAGACAUGGAUGUGUCUGGUGAUUGGCUCAUUUUGAGAGCUGUCUGGAUUGACUCAGCUUUAAGAUUGCAACGGUGUAAGGAUUGCAGAAGAUUCUGCCAGAGCCUUACUCCUGAUCCAAAAAGCAGGGAAGUCUGCACUCGGCUUCCCCCAGCUAAGCGAAGGUGAAUUCAGGAGAGGGAAUGCUGUCACAAUUCAGACUCCAAAAUCUAGCCACUGUAGGGAGGGCAUAUGCUUUUUUCAUGUCACUGUGUCAGUGGAAGUGACUGUCACGGCUCUGGGUGUAAACUGAAGAUGUUCCCAAAGAAGCUGUGUGAAUUCAGCUGAGCUUCCCUGCAGGGGGCCCCUGGGCUUCUGCCUGCCCACCCUGCUGUCCACCACUGCCAGGCUCCAGACCCUUUCCUCUUAGAACCUCCUGCCAGUCCCUGCAAUGUAGUGUUUGAGUAAAAGAAGUGGCAGAUGUUUUGGGUUUUUUUUUUUUCUUCCAAACCAUAGAUAUUUUCUUUGAAUACAUCCAAAUUGUGUUAAGUGCUUGAGGCUUAUAAAGCAUUGUAAGCUCCUGGUCCAUCUGUCCUAAAAGCAGAAUUGAUAGCUCUGUGGGUGCCCUGGAGCCACAGUGGGAACUUUUGUUUUCUAUGGAAGCAGGUGUGGUGAUAAUGUGACAAUCUCCCUCAUUGGAACCCUGUGGAGCCCUGUUGUCUGGUAUCUUCAAACAACAACAUUUAGUCUGUCCUGCUCCUAAUUGGGACCAUCCCAGUGUGCAGAGCCUGCAGUCUGUUUCAUGGUCCUGAGUUUGCCAGGACCCAGCGGGUCCUCCCUGCCCCCCCCCGCCACCACCACCACCACCUUCACCAUUCUGGGAUCCCUUAGUCUCCUCAGUCAUCUAUGGAGCCACAAAUGCUUCCUGCACUUUGGAAGAGCAAAUUAUGCAAUGUUUAUUGAUAAAAAUGGACUUUUCUAUCUGAUUGCAUGAUUUUGUCAUUUAAGAGAUAAACAUAAGGCGGGGUGUGAUGGCUCACGCCUGUAGUCCCAGCACCGUGGGAGGCCAAGGCGGGUGGAUUGCCUGAGCUCAGAGGUUCAAGACCAGUAUGAGCGGCAGUGAGCCAGAGUAAGACCCCGUCUCUACUAACAACAUCAAAAACAGCCAGACAUUGUGGUGGGCGUCUGUAAUCCCAGCUACAGGGGAGUCGAUGGGAAAAGAGCAUCGCCAGAGGAAGAAAAAAUGAACAACAACAACAAAAAAAAGAGUACGAGGAAGAAGGAACAAGCAAGCUGAAAUUAAAAAUUAAAAAAAAAAAAGAUAAACAUAAUUUUUUAAAUUGCCAGGAGAAUUCGUAAGGCUUUUCUCUACGCCAGUGGAGGCACUUGGAAAAGUCCAGAACAGUGUUGUGGUUGUCCACAACCUAGCAUGUGACUGGGAGGAAGGGGAAAAGGCAGCAGGAUUUUGAGAUAUCUUUAGGAGUUUUUUGUUUUUUGUUUUUUUGGUCUUAGGGCAACUGUGUUAAGUUCAGGCAAGUUGUUCUAGGUGUAGAGAGAAUCUGAAAUCAGUAACAUAAGUAGAAGUGAGCAAUUGUGAAUGUGUAGUUCAAAUGGAAAAGCAGGUUUUAUUUUGUUAAAUUAUUCGCUAGGGAAACAAUUGUAGCCCCUUCUAUUCCUCUUUUUCUCCAACUCUGCUUUGCUGACAAGUUACAGGAAAGGAAGCACUUGAAGACAAACGGAAAGCUUUAAUGUGGCUCAGACGAUGUCGAGUAGUAGAUUCAUGGUAGUUUGCAAGGUGGGAGAGGUGAUUUUUAAAACUCACAGAUUAAAAAGAAACA